AACUAUCUAAUCGGCAAAGAACUCAAUAUAAAGUCAGUGCAAACACUGUUAACAUGUAGAUAGCUUUGAAUCACUAUGAUACCGCCUAUGAUACAUAUUUUGUGUGUUUACAUUUUUCCGUUGUCAGAGCAGAAAUUGGUUAAUUGCACCAAUGGCAAUAUGGGUGAAGGGAGGUCGUAAUGAUCUGCUGCACAAUCCUUAUGCUCUGAUGACCACUUGUACCAAGUAGACAAGCAUGAAAGAUGAAUGCUAAACAUUCCAAUUGCUAUGAAUUUUUAUCAAGAAAUGGACUCAUCAUUAGCGUUUUGGUUGGUGUGGGGGUGGGGUUCGCCUUAGGGUUUGGUCUAAGAGUCGUGGAACCUUCAGAUGAUGCACUUACGUGGAUUGGUUUACCAGGAGAAAUAUACAUGAGGAUGCUUAAAAUGACAAUUCUUCCUUUAGUUGUGUCAACUAUCAUCACGGGCACAGCUCGUAUGGAUCCGAAAUCUAACGGCAGGAUAAGUGCCCUGUCCUUUGGUUAUAUCAUAAUCACCAACACAAUAGGAGCCAUCAUCGCUAUCCUGUUAUUCCUUAUCAUUCAGCCGGGUAAAGAAUCUUUUAAUGAAACUUUACUCCUUGAUAUUCAUUUCUUAU